AUGCAGGAGCGAAGAUUGGCGCUCGAAGAAGAAUACGCCAAGCAACAGAACGAUCUACGUGAAGAGCACCUCAAGGUUCGCCAAGAGCUGCUCUCGUCUCUGCGAGACAUGAGCGUUAGUGGAAGUCGAGGCAGUGCGCGCAGUCGAGCAAGUGCUGUGCGCAGUGAAAGAGUUCGGCAAUGGAUGGAAAAACAGCAAAAUCCGGUGGAAAAUCCACGGAAAGUGGUUCCACGCGGAGCUUUUCCAAACAUCAAGCCAGCUCAAGAUGUGUCUCCUCUUCGAAACCCUAACAUGCCACAACAGUGCGAGAGGGCGAGUAAAAUUGACGGCACUGUCCGUGUGGGUAAGCCGCAAGAGUUUCCGUCCAAUGAAGCAAGUGGCGGUACAGGAUAUGAAGGAGUUUCUGACGGGCUGGGGCGCCGGAAUGUUCCCGCAAACCCAGAACAAAAUGUCGGACGCCCAUGCCCCGCUCCACGACAACAACACAACAUGCCAUCAACUUUCGCCCAAGAUACGCGGCGUCCGUGUCCGGCACCAAGAAACUUCGUCGACGGGCUGGGGCAGCGCAAAAUGCCAUCGACCUCAGCAAGAGACGCGCUAGGAACGAGACGAGUUGAGGAUUAUGUGCCCUUUGCAGGACAGCCAAGAGAAGGAGUAGAAGGAGAAGCGGGGCAAUAUUGGCCGCUAAUCUCACGUGGAAACGACGGCAGAACUGAUCGGAACAGCUUCGGAGAUCCACCUGCGCCCCACGCAGACGGCACACUUGCGUUGUUGAGCGGUGCUCCUAAUCAACAACUGCAACCACAACCGCCACAACCUUUUGACGUAGGUGACGGACGCUACCGUUUCAAGUCACCACAAGAACAUCUACAGUACAACCAGAGUGAGCAGCGCGAUGGAAACGAUCGUGGCCCCCAUGACCGUGGUCAGUUUGGUGGAAUAACGCCAGAACAGCUUGCCUCGCGACAAGUUCUGCCCCGAAAGCUGCCAAUCUUCUCUGGGAGCUACGAAGAGUGGCCGCUGUUUAUCAGCUGCUAUAAUACAACCACCGAAGCGUGCGGCUAUACGGACAACGAGAACCUUGUUCGUCUCUUGGAUUGUUUGAGAGAUCCUGCUCUUGGGCAUGUACGCGGUCAGUUGUUGCUCCCACAGUCGGUUCCCAGAGUUAUCGAAACGUUGCGGAGGAUCUACGGACGUCCUGAACAACUGUUGCAGUCUCUGUUGAUGAAGGCUAGACGUUGCGAACCCCCCAAAUCUGAUCGACUGGAAACGUUUAUCACCUUCAGCCUGGUCAUUGAACAGCUGUGCGACCACUUGGAGGCAACGAACCUUCAAGACCACCUGGUAAACCCCAUGCUACUUCAGGAACUUGUGGACAAAACCCCGGCUGGCACGAAGAUGGAGUGGGUCCGAUUCAAACGCCGUCACGGUCAAGUCACUCUGAGAACGUUCGCGGAUUUCAUGGCCGGCAUAGCCGAAGACGCGUGUGAAGUGGCGCCCAUGAUAGACAACAAGCAGCUUGCGGGUGACAAACGAGUGGAAAAGCGGACCAAGGAAAAGGGGUUCGUUCACGCCCAUGAUGCGACUACUGUUCCAGAGCAGACCACUAAAGAACGAGUUGAUAUCAAGCCCUGUCGAGUCUGCCAGAGCACCGAGCACAAGAUCCGGAACUGCGAUGGGUUCAAGAACCUAACGCAAGCAGACAAGACGACACUAGUUGACAAGUGGAAGAUCUGUCGCAUCUGCCUCAACGAACACGGGGACUCGCGAUGCCGGUUUAAGAUCCAGUGCAAUGUCGAACAAUGCCGGGAGCGUCACCAUCCGUUGAUGCACGGCGAAGCUGCAACAACCCAUGCUGCGGAAGCAACGGAAGCGGCACACAAUGCCCAUCGAGCUGAUAUUGGGCAAAUGCAGUUUCGCCUCGUCGCGGUCACGCUGCACCACGGAACGCGUUCUGUGCGAACGACCGCAUUCCUGGAUGAGGGCUCAUCGAUGAGUUUGGUGGAGCGCUCACUGGUUGAUGUUCUCGGCGUCAAAGGAGGAGAACUUGAGCCGUUGCGCUUGAUUUGGACGGCGGAUAUCAGUCGAACUGAGAAAAACUCCAAGAAAAUCAGCGUCCAGAUAUCAACGGCCGGGUGUGACCAGAAACAUCAGCUGGCGUUGCGCACCGUUACCGAGCUGAAACUACCAACACCGUCGUUUAAAAUAUCCAGCCUGACGAAGCAGUUCAAGCACCUGGGAGACCUCGAAGUCGACGAUAACCUAGGCAAGCCGAGGUUGCUUUUGGGAUUAGAUAACCUGCAUUUGUUCGCUCCCCAAGAAUCCCGCAUUGGCCAGCCCAACGAACCCAUAGCCGUCAAGUCAAAGCUGGGUUGGAGCGUGUACGGCCCUAGCAGUGACAACAAGUGCGGCGGAGGUGUCGUCGGUUCACACUUCACGGAAAACAUCUCGAACCAAGAGCUGCACGACCUCAUCAAGGAGUACUUCGCCGUGGAGGAAGCUGGCGUAACCGCUGGAGUUCUAGAAUCCGACGAUGAUCGCCGAGCAAGAGUUAUUUUGGAGAACACCACAGUGAAAGUCGGCGGCCGAUACGAAACGGGACUCUUGUGGCGCUCGGAUGAUUACGAUUUUCCGAACAGCUAUCCCAUGGCGGUGCGACGUCUAGAGCAGUUGGAGAAGAAGCUCUCCAAGAACCCAGAACUGGCGGAGAAUGUGCGGCGACAGAUUACGGAGUACCAGCUGAAGGAAUACGCGCACAAGGCUACGCCAAAGGAAUUGUCCGAUUCGGAUCCUCGCAAAGUGUGGUACAUACCACUCAGCGUGGUUGUAAACCCCAGGAAGGCAAAAGUGCGACUGGUGUGGGACGCGGCUGCUUCCGUCAACGGAAUAUCGCUGAACAGUCAACUCCUCAAAGGCCCUGACCUUCUGGUGAGCUUGAUCGAAGUUCUCUGUCGCUUUCGUGAGCGGCCAGUGGCUUUCGGAGGUGAUCUGCAAGAGAUGUACCACCAGGUCCGCAUCCGGUCGGAAGACAAGCAAGCACAACGAUUCCUUUUUAGAGACAACCCGACUCUGAAGCCCGACGUGUACGUUAUGGACGUGGCUACAUUUGGAGCCACUAGUUCUCCUGCAUCCGCACAGUUCGUCAAGAACAAGAACGCAGCCGAGUUCGCCCACGUCCACCCGGAAGCAGCAGCGGCGAUAAUCCAGCGGCACUAUGUUGAUGAUUAUUUUGACAGUGCGGAUACGGAAGAAGAGGCGAUAGAACGAGCUCAAGCAGUGAAGCAUAUCCACGCACAAGGAGGGUUCCAUAUACGUAACUGGGUGUCCAACUCGACGCGCUUCCUGGAAGCACUAGGAGAACCAAACCAGAAACAGACCGUCCAGUUCACCAGCGACAAGCACACCAACACCGAGCGUAUUCUUGGAAUCACCUGGAACUCCGUGCUGGACGUUUUCGUGUUCUCCAUCCCGACAAACGAAGCACUGCAGCCAUUCCUGACCGGAAAAGCCCGGCCGACCAAAAGUAUCGUGCUGAAGUUCCUCAUGUCGUUCUUUGACCCGCUAGGCCUGAUCGCUCACUACUUGGUACACGGAAAAAUCCUCAUGCAGGACAUCUGGCGUUCCGGUUGUGACUGGAAGGCGACGAUAAACGACGACUGUUACGCUGGAUGGACACAGUGGAUUAAGUGGCUGCCCCACCUGGAACAACUUCAAAUCCCUCGCAGCUACUUUGGCGACAUUCGCAGCUCCAGAAUUGAAUCCGUCGAGCUUCAUGUGUUCAGUGACGCUAGCGAGAAGGCCUACGGAAGUGGGGCCUAUCUGCGCAUUGUUUGCGAUGGAGCCAUCCGCUGUACGCUCGCCCUAGCGAAGACCAAGGUUGCGCCGCUCAAGCUGCUGUCGAUUCCUCGCCUCGAAGUUUCAGGGGCAGUCCUUGGAGCCAGACUAGCCAACACAGCAGAAACUUGUCAUUCGUUGCCAAUUUCUCGACGAGUGUUCUGGGUGGACUCGGCUACUGUGAUUGCCUGGAUUCACUCUGAUCAUCGAAAGUACAAACCGUUCGUCGCGCACCGGAUAAGCGAAAUUCUCUCGCUCACGAGUGUCGACGAGUGGCACUUCGUUUCUACGAAAUCCAACGUGGCGGACGACCUGACGAAGUGGAGGAAGCGAUUUACGAUGAGCAGCGAAGACCGUUCAAUCCGAGGACCAGAUUUUAUCUACACGGACUCUAAGAGCUGGUCUGUGCCUGCAACGCCGAUUGAAAAUGUGGAAGAAGAACUGAGAGCAGCUUUCCUGUUCCAUGAAAUUCACUUGCCGGAGCCCGUCAUCGAUGCAGAGCGCUUUUCAUCCUGGAAGACGCUGGUCAGAUCGCUGGCCGUCAUCUUCCGCUUCCGAUCAAACUGCCAGCGCAAGGCGCGUGGCUGA